GUUGGAGGUAGAUCCUUGAUAGGCGGCGUCUAGAAGGGAAGGGCGCCGGUCGGGGGCCGGACGCCGAGCGCCGCGACGGCGAAAGCUCCCCCUACUUCGGCGGACGGGCCGAAUUCGCGUCCAGAGAUUGCCGCUUUGCUCGGCUUUUCGCUGUCGAUGGGAAACUAUUCGUCCCCGGUCCGUUCGACGACAUUGCACGCGGCGCGACCCAAGGAACUGAUUCGAGGCACGGCGGACGCGGCGCGUCGGUUUCGUAUCGCAAAAGCGGACGUAUUUUGUAAAUAUCCGAAGGAUUGUUUGAAAAUAGUGGUCGUUGGCGGGUAAAUAAAUCAUUUUUCUUUCGGCUGGUGCGAACGAGUGAUUUCGAGUGGUAUUUUUCUUUGGUUUUAUUUUGUCGAAUAUUUUCGGUUUAUUUUUUAAUGAUUAUGGAGGAUAUUCCGGUGGCGUUGAAUUUCACUGGUCGGGGAGGUGGUAGUUUGUCUACUGAUCAUGCUCUUAAUGCUGAUUUAUUAAAUUCCGAUAUACAUAAAGUGAAGGCUGAGCCUGACGUGGGGCCAUAUACGAGCAUUUUACCACCUCUUACAACAAUUUCAAUGCACAAUCACGCUCUAUCUCCCGUGUCGACGUACAACGCGAUCUCGAACAGCUCCCUGACGGUGUCGACGACGCCGGGGCCCCACACGCCGGGCGUCGAUUCCAACGAGGAGACCCAGGCGCCGGCGACGUCGUCGUGCAACUCGCCGCAGCCGUCGUCGUCGACGUCGAACGCGACCGGCAAGGACCCCAGCAAGCCGCCCUACUCGUACGUGGCGCUCAUCUCCAUGGCCAUAUUGAGCACGCACCAGAAGCGCGCCACGCUGUCAGAAAUCUACCAGUACAUCACCUCAAAGUUCCCGUUCUACGAGAAGAACAAGAAGGGCUGGCAGAACUCCAUCAGGCACAAUUUGAGCCUCAACGAGUGCUUCGUUAAGGUGCCGCGCGAAGGAGGCGGCGAGCGCAAAGGCAACUUCUGGACGCUGGACCCGAGCUACGAGGACAUGUUCGAAAACGGCAACUACCGUCGCCGGCGAAGAAUGAAACGGCCCUACCGCUCCGCCCAGCCCUACCCGAAGGCCUACUUCGGCGACGCCCUCGGCCAGCACGGCCUGCCUUUAGCCCGGAACAUAUUUACGCCCCCGGCGUAUCCGCCGGCGUACACCAGAUACGAAGCCCCGUGGCUGGGCCAAUCGCAGCUGACGCCCUACACGAGCAGCAACACCGGCGCCUUCCCGCAGCAGAGCUACCCGUCGGCGGCGGCGUUCAGCACCUGCGGCGUGCGGCAGGAGGCGGCUAACAGGUACCCGUCGUAUUGGCACCCCGACGGGGAUUACUCCCCCGGGCCGCAUUGCUCGCCGCCCAACGACCCCCAAUUGCUGCUUCAGUGGUGACUGUGACGCAGGAUGGACGAUUGAUCGAGCGCGGGUGAUGAGAAACUCUUGUACAUACAACAUUGAUUUUUUUCUUCUGUUUUUUUUAUUGUGAUGUCCGUGGUAAAGUGGUCAUUUUUUACGAAGCACCUGUAGAAUUUUCUGGGAAGUGGGUAAUAUUCGAGCGCCCAAAUUGUCUUCUAAAUUGGUUUUUGCGAUAGAUUUCUGCAUUUCCGAAAUUAUCAUCAUCUCUUUUUGAUCACUUUACUCUUUGUAAUAUUGUACAAAUGUGGGAAUUGUAAAUAAAACUUGUCUCUACUUAGGGCGCAUAAUCCAAAUACAAUUAGUUGGUAAUUUUAAUAUGUUCGGAUUUUUUUAGAUAACUACUUAUCUUUGAAGCACUGCGAAGAUAUAAUUUUUGUUUUAAAUUUUUCGUUUGAAUGGAACAAAACGAGGUGACUUCUUUAAAAAUUUCACUGUACGUAAAUAUCAGGGGCGGGCGGGCCAAAGGGGAUUAGCGGUGAUUCUCCGAAGGGUCGGUUACUAAUGAGAGCCGGUACGAUCCUGUCCGGGGGAAAUUAUGAAUUUUAUUUUCACUCAUAUUUAUGCUAAGUUUCACUUUGCUAGUCCGCUCCUGGUAGAUAUUGUGCAUUGAAACACAUGAAAUUUGUUGAGUUUAAUCAAUUUAUGUGAUAAGAAUAAAAGAAUUGCGUGAACACCCACCCAGUGGGGCGAUGAGAAAAGUGACUUAAUUAA